AGUCUCGAUUUUGCCGGGCUUUUAACGCAUUCAUUGUAUGUGGUUACAUCGUUUCCACAUCGCCGCAUGGCUAUUCUUGGAUUCUUUUUGUCGUAACUUCUAAAUGAUAUCUUCUGAUAUUACUUUCGUUCGAUCAUGCCGAAGCCAAGUACGCCGAAAGUACAAAAUACAAUACUCAAUUAUUUUACUUCUCCGAAAAGUUUAAAAAAAUCGGAGACGCAGGCGAAGGAGCAUAGAGAAAAGUCACAGACUCCCAAAAGAGGACAAAAAAACAAAGGAUUCAGAAAUGGAAAAGAAAAUAAAAAUACUGAUGAUAAGAAAAGAUCAUAUAAGGAGAACAGUGAGGAGGAUGAAGAUGAGCCUAUAAGGCCUAAAAAACGGCGUCUUAUUAUUCCCGAUGUUGAGUCUGGUGAAGAUUCUGAAGAAGAAUUCAAGCCAGGUUCUGAGUCUGAGGAAUCUGAAUCAAGUUCUGAAGGAGAGACGGAACAUGAACCUUCGACAGAAGAGGAAUCACCAGUGCAAAAGAAAAAGACUUCCCAUUCUAAAUCCAAGUCAGGGCAAGCAAGUAAUUCUCGUAAUGCAAAAACAAACAAUAAAAAAGAUUCGAAACAAUCUAUGUCUGUGCAAAGUCAAACAGUAAGCAAUCGGCCCGCAGCUCCGCAAACUUGGCCUCAUUUAAAAUUAGAUUUCCUAAAACCAGAGAAGAUAAAAGACAUAAACAGACGAACGUUGAAUGAUCCAGAUUAUGAUCCCAAAACGCUCUACGUACCUACUGACUUUUUAAAUAAUCAGACUCCUGCAAUGAGGCAGUGGUGGGAGUUAAAAAGUAAACACUUUGACUGUGUAUUUUUCUUUAAAAUCGGCAAAUUCUAUGAAUUGUAUCACAUGGAUGCAGUUAUCGGUGUCAAUGAGCUCAGCCUCACGUACAUGCGAGGUGAAUUUGCUCAUUCCGGAUUUCCGGAAAUUGGAUAUGGUCGUUACUCGGCGAGUCUAAUAGAGAGAGGAUACAAAGUCGCGCGAAUUGAGCAAACUGAAAAUCCGGAAAUGAUGGCGACACGUUGCAGCAAAAUGUCCAGACCGACAAAAUUCGAUAAAGUCGUGAAGCGGGAAAUUUGUCAAGUCAGUACUAGAGGCACAAGAGUGUAUACUCCGUUAGACGUGGAAGCGUCUACACCAAACUCUAAUUAUCUGUUAUCCCUGGUCGAAAAAUGCGAUGUCGGUUCAACGGCCAGCUCCUACGGAGUUUGCUUUAUAGACACGACGAUAGGUGAAUUUUACCUUGGCCAAUUUGUCGACGAUCGUUGCAACUCGAGGCUAUUGACUUUGCUGGCUCAUCAUCCACCGGUUCAUAUAAUAUACGAACGCAAUAAUUUGUCGCAAAAAACUCAGCAGCUUAUAAACAGUACUCUACCAGCGGCGUUGAAAGAAUCGUUGCAACGCGAGACACAAUUUUGGUCUGCUACAACCGUACUAAAGAAACUUCACGAAGAAAGUUAUUUCAAAAAAGAGGAUGGUUCAAGCUUUGCAUGGCCUGAGGGUUUGAAACCUUAUUUAAAUGAAGGAGACAGUUUGGGUUUAACGCCGGCAGAUAAUAAAGAAUUAGCGGUACACGCGCUAGGAGGAUGCGUUUAUUUGCUGAAGGAAUUUCUACUUGAACAGCAAUUAUUAGCGCAAGCUUGUUUCAAUACUUAUACUCCCCCAGACUUUUCAGCCGCCAGUAGCCGCGCAGGUCUCAAUUACGCAAACACUAUGGUAAUAGACGCUGUUACAAUAAAAAAUCUGAGACUAUUCGGAGAAGGUUCGCUCAUUAGUGUAUUAGACCGUUGCUGUACUGCAUUUGGCAAAAGAUUGCUGCGCGAAUGGAUCUGCAGACCGUCUUGCCGCAAAACUGUUAUUAUAGAGCGCCAGCAAGCUGUGCAGGAAUUAGUGGAUCGAAUGGAUGUGACACAGUCGGCUCGCGCAAUUUUGUCAGCUCUGCCGGAUCUUGAAAGACUCUUAAGCAAGAUACACGCUCAGGGAAAUGCAGCUAAAAUGAAAAAUCAUCCCGAAGGUAGAGCCAUAAUGUUUGAAGGCCCGACCUAUUCGAAAAGAAUAAUUGUGGAUUUCACUACGACACUCGCCAAAUUCGAAGAAGUGUUGAAAUUUAUCGAACUGUUUGAUGAUUUCAAAAGUAAUCUGAUAACUCGCUAUACUCGGUAUGAACCGGACGGUGAGUUCCCACAAUUAAGAGAGACGUUAGACUAUUUCAAGACCGCAUUUGAUCACGAAGAUGCUAAGAAGCAAGGCUGCAUCGUUCCGAAGAAAGGAGUAGACGCUGAAUAUGAUUCAGUUCUCCUCGAGCUCGCAGAGAUCAAGAAAGAUCUAGACGAAUACUUGGAAAAACAAAAACAGCAUUUCGGCGUAAAAGUAACAUUCCAUGGAACAGAUAGAAAACGUUAUCAAAUCGAAAUUCCCGAGUCGCAAGUUAAGAAAGUUGGUCCCGGAUACGAAUUACAGUCACAAAGGAAAGGUUUUAAACGUUAUUAUACUGCCGAGGCAAAGGAACUUUUGGCAAGACAAAUGAAUGCCGAAGAGCAUAAGGACAAAGUCCUGAAAGAUCUUAAUAGGCGAAUAUUCGCACAGUUCAGUGAAAAGUAUGAUAUGUGGCAUACAGCUGUUUACAAAUUGGCCACUAUGGAUGUGCUCAUCUCUUUCGCGGAUUACGUGCAAAUCGGCGAUAUGUGUAUUCCGGAAAUUCACGACGGAUCGGAUGGCAAGAUAUUCAUUAAGAUAAAAGAUGGGAAACAUCCCUGCAUCGCAUCUGAUAAUUUUAUACCGAACGAUACUUCAUUGGCAACUGAUAGCGCUGCCUCUUUCAUGAUUUUGACGGGACCGAACAUGGGAGGUAAAUCGACCCUUAUGCGUCAAGUAGGUCUGAUCACAAUCAUGGCGCAAAUAGGCAGCUACGUUCCAGCCAGUUCGUGCUGCAUGACGCUAGUGGACCGUAUUUUCACGCGAUUGGGCGCGAAUGACGAUAUUCUGGCCGGUCAAAGCACGUUCUUGGUAGAACUAAGUGAAACUGCUACGAUACUACAACACGCUACGCCUUAUUCACUAGUUCUUCUCGACGAGUUGGGACGCGGCACAUCAACCUAUGACGGUACAGCUAUAGCAGCUUCGGUCGUCGAUGCAUUGACCAAGCUAAACUGUCGUACAUUAUUUUCGACGCAUUACCAUUCUUUAGUUGAAGAUUACAAAACCAAUGAAGAAGUCACAUUAGCUCACAUGGCAUGCAUGGUGGAAACGGAGGAGGAAGAAGAAGUGUCACAAGAGACCGUGACAUUUUUGUACAAGCUCAGCGAAGGGGCAUGCCCGAAAUCCUACGGAUUCAAUGCCGCUCGAUUGGCAGGCGUACCAUCUAUAAUCACUAAGAGAGCGCAUGAGAUAGCCAGCAAGAUGGAGCAGGAAACUAAUCACAAGCACAUAUUUAGCGCUUUUUGUAAGGCCAACGGUGCUGAAAUGAGAAAUCUCAUUGCUAUCAUUUAAGGUAUUAAAUAUUGAAUAUUCUUACAAAUAUUUUUUAAGAGGUUACUUGGAAAAAAUAAUCACUUUGCAGUUAGAUUUGUGACUUGUACAGAAUUUUCUUAAGCAAUGAAUUAUCUAAGUGUCUAACUUAUAUAGCGUAUAAAAACAGACAUUGCAUACUUGCGUCGUACAUUUUCAUACAAGUAUCGAGCUGCGCUCUAAAUAAUCACAUUUUUAAUCUAUAAAAUAACAGUGCACACACUAUGCAGGAAUUUAAUAUAUUUAAUUAAGUUCUUCAUCCGUCGUCAUGUAAAAAUAUAGCUGUAUAAUUAUUUCUGUUUCUACGAAGUUGAUUGUUUGAAAUUAUUCAGUAAUUGUAUGUAUUACACAGUGAUAAUUUUUAUUUAGUACGUACCUUUUUUUCGAUUGCAUUAUGUGUUUUUAUCUAUUUUUCAAUAAAAGCUGCCACGAUGUAUAUUGUGAUCAAUUUAAAAUCUUCGAAUGAAUCCCUUCAUGACACUACUUUGGGAAGGAACGAGGCGAGGCGUCUUGCUUACAAAAUUUUUAUUAAUCAUUGCCAGAGUAUAAAAAGACUACUUAUGACGAAUAUGAAUGCAUUGUGUUACAAACAAUAUUUAAAACUCACACCAAACGACCGCGUAAGAAUCCUUGCGUGGAGAAAGGAGAAACGAUAAUACAUGUGCACGGCUCUCUACUACGAAAUAAAUACAUUCAAUUACGCGUUGCUAUCGUAAGUGAUCGAAGAGAAGCAGGGCGAUAAACGCGGACGGGCGCACGACAAACGAGAAACGAACCGUUCGUCGCUCGACUUGUCGCGCACGAGCUCGGUUCUACCCGUUAAGAAAAGAAGACGAGUAUACAAUACCGAUAAAUAGAUAAAUAAUAAUAGUUUUGGCGAAUAAAUUGAGAGUGUCGUGCGACAACGACGAUCCUCCGUUUUUUUUAUACUUCGAGAGACUUAUGACGGUGACACGACGAACCUUUGAACGUGUUAACGUUAUCAGCGUUGCAUUCUCUUCAUCAGCUCCACUGGUCAAGAAAUAAUCGUGGAUAAUCUCUCGUGAGCAAAAAAACGGAGUUUUCGGUCCUCUCUUUUAUCGUUCGCGCAACGAUAAAUUAUGCGAUUGAGAAGGCACGGAGAGAUUAAGAAAGCACUUGAAACUUGGUUUUAAUGGGUUAUAUAUGGUACACUUUUAUUUUCUCGAAAUAACACAUGCCACUUCUAAUGUACAGCUCCGAGGUCUCCAUCUCACAAUUUCAUUGUCAAACGCGCUGCUGCUACUUUUCAGUCCAUUCCUCUCACGUUCAGUCAUUCGCGACUUGAAUGCUUCAUCCCUAUUUUUUUUUUUUUAACAUUUUUUACCAUGAAUCCACGGUUACUCCAUUCAAAGUGUU